UCGAGCGGGCACGGGCGGGAGCGCGCCAUGGGGGCGGAGGAGCCCGACCUCUACCGGGACACGUGGGUCCGCUACCUGGGCUACGCCAACGAGGUGGGUGAGUCCUUCCGUCCCAUCGUCCCGGUAGCAGCCGUGUGGGCCAGCUAUGGGGUGGCCACAGCCUACGUGACAGCCGAUGCCAUCGACAAGGGCAGGAAAGCUGCGGCGACCCACGCUCAGGACCCCAGCAGGGCACGGCGGGUGGGGGUGGCAGUGGCAGAUACCUUUGUGUGGCAGAGCCUGGCCUCGGUGGCCAUCCCAGGCUUCACCAUCAACCGCCUGUGUGCCGCCUCGCUGGCCCUGCUGGCCUCCCUCACCCGCUGGCCUCUGCCUGUCCGAAAGUGGGCCACCACCGCACUGGGGCUGGCUGCCAUCCCUGUCAUCAUCACCCCCAUCGACAGGUCUGUGGAUUUCCUGAUGGAUUCCAGCAUCCGCAAGCUGUAUGGCACCGAGGAGCCCCCGUCUGCACCCUGAAUCACAGCGCCAUGCAGAGCUGGGAGGGGAAACUGAGGCACAUGCUGGCUUGGGGCACUGCAGCCCCUGCACUGUGAACCCACACUCAGGUUUUGGCCACGGAGUGGCUGCAUGCACCCUGCACUUGGUCCAAAUAAACUAUUUCAAACGUUA